UUCAACAGACGAUUCGUGAUUGUGGUUUGUGGUUAUAUGUUUUAGUUAGUUAGUUGCUUACUACAAAUGCAUGCGCCAAUCAAUUAGCAACCCUUUUUUCGCAUGGAAACAGAAAUUGUAAUUUAUCUAGAAAAGAAUUUGAAAAGAUUUAGUCGUUUGCUGAUUACAACUCGGGAAUGAUGUGGAGGCAUUUGAUAGUUCUAGGUCUACUCUUGAUCCAAUCCUUUGUAAAGGCCACUUUAAUCUUUGAAACUAAUUCGGAAUUCGGUAUUUUUAUGGCAAUAGCGACGCCAUUAAGUCUGAAACAUCGCAAUGUAUUUUUGUCGUUUUCAUAUGAAUUUAAUUACUAUCAACCGGAACAUAUUUACAAAUAUCCACCCAUAUUGAUGGGUGACGACUGGCAGGAUAGUUAUUUGACCUAUAGUACCACAGGAGGUGAAGGCAGAUCCGUGAAAAAUAAACCAAAACGUUCACUGACCAUAAUGAGUAGGACCAAUUUCUAUACCAUGCUAAAGGAUAAACUGGAAAGAACUGGUUAUCCCGCUGAGGCUUGCCUUUUGCGUUUAAUAUGCGAGACAAAUGCCUCCACAUUGGGUGAAGUGAAUGGCUUCUUGGGAAAUUUAGUUCACAUUAUUUUUACACCCAGUACAUCAAGAUAUGAGCAUCUAUCAGAGGAAUAUUACGAGGCUGAAUGGUGGGGAAGCCAUCAACAGGAUUGUUCAUUGUAUGUCCCACAAUGCAGACAUAAUGUCUUGGAUUUAAUAUCAAAACCUUUGGAUCAACUUUUAAGAAAUGUAAAACCAAAUAAAUACAGUUAAA